UCUGAUUUUGCUCUCCUCCUAGAUCCAUUUUGGAUCAGGGACAUGGGGGGGUCUGCUUCCCCCAACCCCUAUACACACAAAGUAUAGUAGAAGGUGCUUCAGGGAGUGUGUUGUACUUGUGGUUGAUGUAACUGCACAACAAAAGGUGGUGACACCAGUCCUUGCAAUCUGUAACCUUUUCCCUGGAAUGUAGACGGCAUUUCAGCAACCACUGAAACCUGAGAGCAUGGGCCCUUUUCCCUAGGGUCAGGUAAUACCUGUGAGAGAAGUGAGUGUCCUGCCUCCACCUAACUUUCCUUCAGGAGUAGACUAGGGAUUACUAAACAGCUACUUUGAUAGAUGUUUUUCUGUGGGUUUGUUUUUGUUUUGUUUAUUUUAAAUGUUUAUUUUUGAGAGAGAACACAUGUGCAUGAGCAGGGGAGGGGCAGAGAGAGAGAAGGAGACAAUUCGAUGCAGGCUCCCCACUGUGAGCACAGAGCUGGAAGGGGGGCUCUAUCUCAUGAACCCUGCCAGGUCAUGGCCUGAGCUGAAGUCAGAUGCCAGACUGAGCUACCCAGGCGCCCAACUUAACAGCUACUUUGUACAAAGAUGUGGACUUAUUUAUUCAAUCAGGAAAACAACACAAAACAUGUCAUUAGACACUAAGUUUAAAACAUUGUGAGCAGUGCUUUUUUUUGUAUUUUAGUAAUUCUGUGUAUACAUUAAUGUAAAUUAAAUAAAAAAUAUUUAAAAUAGUUAUGAUGAAAUCAAUUUUCCUUUUAAAAUAAUUAAGAAAGGGGUGCCUGGUUGCUCAGUCAGUGAGGUGUCCAACUUCAUUCAGCUCAGGUCAGGAUCUCAUGGUUUGUGGGUUUGAGCCCUGCAUCAAGCUCUAUGCUGACAGCUCAGAUCCUGGAGCCUGCUUCUGAUUCUGUGUCUCCCUCUCUCUCUGCCCCUCCCCUGCUCAUGCCCUGUCUCUGUCUCUCAAAAAUGAAUAAAUGCUAAAAAAAUUUUUUUUAAUAACUAAGAAAGGGGCACCUGGCUGACCUAGUCGGAAGAGUGUGUGCUCUUGAUCCAGAGAUUUUGAGUUUGAGCCCCAUGUUGGGUGUAGAGAUUACUUAAAUAAAAUAUUUAAAUAAACAAAAUGAAGAAAAAAUAUAUACAGACAAGGAAAUGGAAAGGGAGUCAAAAUGAUAACACCAGAAAAAAAUCAAGCCCAAAAUAAGGUGCUAAUGGAGAAACCAUACUAAGUGAAAGAUGCCAGACUCAAAGGGUCAGAUAUAUGAUUCUCUUUAUAUAGUAUACCCAUAAUAGGCAAAUCCAGAGAGACAGGAAGCAGAUUGGUGGUUACCAAGGGCUGGUUGGGGGGGGGGGGGGGUGGGAUUUGGGAGGAGGCAGUGACUGCUUAGCAGGCAAAGGGAUCCCUUUUAAAAUGACGAAAAAUAUUUUGGAACUGUUUGGUAAUGGUUGUACAGCACUGAAUGCUCUAAAAGCCACUGAAUUGUACACUUCAGUGAAUUUUGUGUUACGCGAAUUUUACCACAGUAAAAAAAAAAAUUUUUUUUAAGAAAGUGCUUUACAUAAAAACAUGAAGUAGGGGUGCUUGGGUGGCUCAGUCCAUUAAGCAUCCAACUUAGGCUCAGGUCAUGACCUCACGGUUUGUGGGUUCGAGCCCCCUGUCCGGCUCUGUGCUGACAGCUCGGAGCCUGGAGCCUACUUCAGAUUCUGUGUCUCCCUCUCUCUCUCUGCCCCUCACCCACUCACACUCUGUCUCUCUCUCCUUCAAAAAUAAACAAACAUUUUUAAAAAAUUUAAAAAAAGAAACAUGCAGUAAAACGACAUGAGUUGUAGGGAAACAGCUAAAAUCAUAACAAUGAUCCAGGAAUGCCUAAAGUUUAGGGAAUAUUGCUUUGAUCAAAAUACUUAACAAUAAAGUAGCUGCGCUGGCAGACCAGAGCAGCAGGCAGGCAGGGAGCCCCAUGUUUAGGGAGAGGCCAUCCAAGUGGAGAAAGGGCUGGAAAUAAAUGCAGCAGGAUGAUAUUUUGAGAUAUCUGACUUUGUUCUUCCUGCUAUGGAAUUUCAGCCCCUGACUGAGGCAGCCAAGUGUAUUGCCCCAGGGAAGGAUGUGACAAGAGCAGAAAGUUUGCACAAAGGACUCUUUGUGGCUUUCACCUCCUACAGCUCAGAACUCUGGGGAUCAGAGCUUUGCAGAAAAAUAUUUUGGGGCUUGAAGAGGGAGGUCAAAGAGGCCGCAGAUUUGUCUACAGCAAGAGGAAAGAUGAAGGGAAAUGGGAGCAGAGAAGCUGGUAGGUCUCCCAUCUUGGAAAGAAAAAAUUCCUUAUCUUGACCCUACAUUACUUUCCAGCUACUGCCCCAUUUCUCUGCUUCCCUUUAUAAUGAAACUCCAAGAAGUUUCCUGUAUUCACUGUCCUCAGUUCCUCCCCUCCCUCUUUGCUCUGCUCUCUGUCAAAGAUGCCAUCACCCUGCUAUGUUGCUUUGUCCUUUGCCCAUUGUCCAUCCUCACCUUGGCCACUCAGCAUUUCAGGCAGUUGAGGCCUCCUCCUCCUUGAAACACUGUCUUCACCUGGCAUGGGAGAGGGAGGCACUGCACUCUCCCGAUUUGCUUCUUCCCUCACACCGUUCCCUCCUUCUCAGUGUCUGGCUGAUUUUACUCUCACUUCCUUCAGGUAUCUUCUUAAAAUUUUUUUUAUGUUUUUAUUUUAUAUUUGAAAGAGAGAGAGAGCAAGCAGGGGAGGGGCAGAGAAAUGGAGACAGAAUCUGAAGCAGGCUCCAGGCUCCGAGCUGUCAGCAUAGAUCCCAACAUGGGGCUUGAACUCACAGUGACAUCAUGACCUAAGCUGAAGUCAGAUGCCUAACCAGCUGAGCCACUCAGCCCCCUAGGUAUCUGCUUAAAUGUCAUCUUUUCAGUGAAGUUUUCCCUGAUGACUCUAUUUUUUAAUUGUUUUUUUUUUUUAGAAGUUUUAUAUAUUUAUUUUGAGAGAGAGGGAAAGCGACCAGGGGAGGGCCAGAGAAAGGGGGAAAGAGAGAGAAUCCCAAUCAGGCUCUGCACCAUCAGCAUAGAGCCCAACGUGGGGCUCAAUCUUAGGAACCGUCAGAUCAUGACUUGAGCGAAGUCAAGAGACAGACGCUUAACCUACUGAACCAUCCAGGGACCACCCCUCCCUGCCCCCCACCAUGUCUCUAUUUAAAUGAGCAUGUGUUCUCCCCAGCUGAAACCAGACCAACACAACUUACCCUUCUUUCCUGUUUUGUUUUCUAACACCUGUUACCAUUUGAUAGGCUGUAUAUUUUAUUGUCCUUCUCCUCCCCCCCCCCCCACCUCUUAACCCACCACCACUACUAGGACACAAGCUCCAUAGAGCUGUUAUAUUCUCUCCUGUAUUUCAGUGUAGGAAAGUAUUUAAUGACACUUAUUAGGACCUCUGAAAAUAUUCCUAGAAUGAACAUGAAAGAGCGGACCUAGGCCAGCCAACUCCAUUUUGUUCUGUGUCCUCCAUCUUGAGUGACUACGUCCCUGACAUGGCCCCCUUUCCCGGAAAACCACAGAAAGAAAUUCCCCUUCAAACCUCAGACCAAGCCUCUUCCCCUUGAGUAACUUCCGGCUCACCCGUUCAAACCUCCCAUUCAAACCAUGCCUGGCAACCUGCACAACAGGACUCUGACCCUUCCCCAGCCAAUUGGCUAAGGCCACGACCAUUACCCCGCCAACUGCCCCUAGAUCCCUAUAAAACCUUUGUGCUUUUGAAACUCGCUCUCUCUCUCCCUGGCAUCUCACCGCUGCAUCGGUGCAGGUAGGGGAUUGAGCUCGAGCUAGCUCGAGUAAAGGCUCUUUGCUUUUGCAUUGGACUCGGCUCCCUGGUGGUCUUUGGGGAUCAUGAAUUCUGGGCAUAACAUUUGGGGGCUCGUCCGGGAUCCCCAAGACCCCCGAGGGACUCCCGACCCAGAGAGCCUGACUGGCCAUGGUUAGUGUCUGUUCGUUCCCUGUCUCUUCUCUGUGAGCUCAUUUCUGAAAUUCUGGUAGUGCCCGGUGCGGUCUAAGUGGACGCACUGGAGGACCUCGGGCCAGGAAUUUCGGAAGACGUUCCGAUCCUCCCUUCUGGAGGGACGUGGAUUCCCCUCAAAGGUCUGAGAUGAGGUGGGUCGUUCCCGCCGGUCGGUGUGAGGCCGUCGUCUAGCUUUCAGUUUUGCUUCCACGGAGUUGGAAGAGUUUCUAGGGGCCCUCUGUUUGUCUGUUUCUGUGUUUCUCUGUUUUGUUCUGUGGACUUACUGGACGGACAUUAUGGGACAGACUCAGACUACUCCUCUAAGUAUUAUGAUUGAUCACUUUAAGGAUGUCAGGGGAAGAGCUAACAACCUCAGUGUGGAAGUCCGAAAGGGUCGGUGGCAGGUUUUUUGUUCUAGCGAGUGGUCAGCUUUCAAUGUCAGAUGGCCGCCAGAGGGAACCUUCAAGCUCCCUACCAUCCACCAAGUCGGGUAUCAUCUCUCGGCCUAAGAUGGGCCAUCCUGAUCAGCUCCCUUACAUUAUCACUUGGCAGGACCUUGUAGAAGACCCACCCUCUUGGCUUAAGCCCUUCCUAGCCCCAUGCCCUCUGGAGCCAAAACGCAUUCUCGCUUUGCAGGGGACAGAAAAGAAGGAGAACAAGAAAAGUCUUACCCAGCUUUCAGCACCCCUCUACCCUGUCCUACAAGGGGGGACUGAAGAAGAAUUAAUUUUUCCUCCCCCGUAUAACCCCCCUAGGAUGCUGGAAGAACACCAUCCUCCUCCUCUGGGGGAGACAGAUGCUGUUCCGAGAGCAGGAGGCGGAAACGCUCCAGUGGGAAGCCCGCCCUUUACCAGACAAAGGGCUCAGAGGGAGCAAUCCGUCUCCGCCGCCGACUCCACUAUUCUGCCCCUGCGAGCCACCGGGCCCCCAGAUGCGGAGGGGAAUCAGCCCUAUCACUAUUGGCCUUUCGCCACUAGUGACCUCUACAAUUGGAAAGCUCAGAAUCCUAAGUUUUCCAAGAAACCAACAGGGCUUAUUGAUCUGUUAGACUCUGUUCUUUUUACCCAUCAGCCCACAUGGGGCGAUUGCCAGCAGCUUUUGCAGGUCCUGUUCAUGACUGAGGAAACAGAAAGAAUCCUCAACGAGGCCCGAAAACUAGUUCCGGGCGCAGAUGGGAAUCCCACCACCAACCAGGCUCAGAUAGAUGCCUUCUUCCCCUUAACUCGGCCCCAGUGGAAUUUCAACACGGCAGAAGGAGGCCCGGAAGGGGAUCCAGCCACACAUCUGGAGACUACGAAGCCUAGGGGGACUAGUUCCUUGCCAGUCUGCCUGGAACACCCCCCUACUGCCGGUCAAAAAGCCUCACACAAAUGACUAUCGACCGGUACAAGACCUCCGGGAAGUAAAUAAGAGGGUCACGGACAUACACCCAACUGUUCCCAACCCAUAUACUCUCUUGAGCUCCUUGGCACUCUCCAGGGUCUGUAUACUGUACUAGAUUUAAAGGACGCCUUCUUCAGUCUGCUGCUGGCACCCCAGAGCCAACCCUUGUUCGCCGUCGAGUGGCAUGAUCCAGAGGAGGGCUACAGCAGGCAACUCACCUGGACACGGCUGCCUCAGGGGUUUAAAAAUUCGCCCACCAUCUUUGACAAGGCACUACACGAGGGCCUGGAGCCUCCUAUUCAACCCUCCAUGAGUGCGGUUCCACCCCAGUGCGGCCCUCAAUCCUGCAACCCUGCUGCCCGACCCUGACCUAGAUGCUCCACUACAUGACUGUGCGGGGAUCCUGGAGCAAGUACAUGGAUUCCGGACGGAUCUGACCGACUGGCCCCUCCCCGAUGCCGAGGCUACUUCGUUCACUGAUGGCAGCAGCUUUGUGCGGGACAGACACAGAUUCACCAAUAGGACACCAAAAUAGAGCAAGUUAUAUCUGCUUGCAAGACCUGCCAACUCACCAAUGCAAGAGCCACAUCAAGUAAAAAAGGAACCAGGCUCAGAGGCACCAGACCAGGAGCCCAAUGGGAGGUCAACUUCACUGAAGUUAAACCAGGAAAGUAUGGUUAUAAAUAUCUUAUUAUUUAUAGACACCUUCUCUGGCUGGAUGGAGGCAUACCCAACCAAGCAUGAAAUGGCUCAGACGGUAGCUAAGAAGCUACUAGAAGACAUCUUACCCACGUAUGGUUUUCCUGCCAUGGUAGGAUCAGACAACGGACCAGCAUUUAUCUCGCAGGUAAUGCAGGCAGUAGCCAAGGCUGUGGGGGCAAACUGGAAAUUACAUUGUGCUUUAUAGGCCCCAGAGCUCAGGACAGGUAGAAAGAAUGAAUAGAACCCUAAAAGAGACCCUUACCAAAUUAACCAUGGAGACUGGCGGGGACUGGGUGACUCUCCUACCGUAUGCCCUUUACUGGGUUAGGAACACUCCUUACACUCUGGGUUUUACUCCCUAUGAAAUCAUGUUUGGCAGGCCACCCCCUAUUAUUCCCAACCUUCGAGCUGAACUUCUUGCUGAGUUUAAAGAUCAAGAACUUUUUCUUUCCUUGAGAGGGCUCCAGAGGGUGCACGAGGACAUUUGGCCGCACCUCCGUGCCAUCUACGAGGCUGGCCCGACCCCGACACCUCAUCAGUACAGGCCGGGAGACUGGGUCUACGUCAAGAGGCACCACCGAGAGACCCUCGAGCCGCACUGGAAGGGACCCUACAUCGUGGUGCUGACAACCCCCACCGCUCUCAAAGUAGACGGCAUUGCGACCUGGGUCCAUCACACCCACGUUCGGCCAGCGGACCCCUCCACGAUCCGGAAGGACUUCGUCACGCGAUGGGCUGUCAGUCGGGACCAACACAACCUGCUCAAGUUCAGGUUACAGCACAUUCGACCCACCUGAUAUUGGUAAUUCUGUUAGCUCUGCUUGUCACUGCUCAUGCUGCCGAGAGUCCCCACGCCCCCCAAAACAUCACCUGGCAGAUCAUAGACACCAGCUCGGGGACAAUACUUAAUCAGACUUCCCAGAGCCACCCCACAGAUACUUGGUUCCCAGAACUUUGCGUAGACCUCCAAACUCUGCUCCCCUUGUCACCAUAUGCCCCCGGAUUCCAUGCGCAGAAUCUUUAUUUCUAUGUCUGCCCCGGCCACUCUCGCUCGAGCACAUGUGGGGACGCGGCUGACUACUUUUGCGCCUCCUGGUCAUGUGUCUCGACGGGGCACAUCUGGUGGACCCCACCACGCACCGGAGAUCUCAUUGUGGUAAAGCGGCCCAGUGGCCCCCGACCGUCAUAUGCCUGGGGGCGCGGUAAUCCCAUAGUUAUAUCCUUUACAAGCCAAGGUAAAAAAACAACAGGAUGGGAGAGUGGAAAAACCUGGGGACUCAGGAUAUAUGACCGGGUUAGGCUGGGAGCCAAGGACAAGGGAACGUUAUUUACCCUCCGAAUGCAAGCGACUCCCCUUGCCCAGCAGUCCCCCACAAGGGUAGGACCCAACCAAGUACUAGUUCCCCGACCUGCCCCCACCCGGACAGCCACUCCCAGAAACACCUAGGCCUUGGCCACACAGCCCUCCACAUCCCCUGUCCCUACCGGAGCAUCACCCGCAUCUCCUGCCCCAGGUCACAACUUACUAUCUGAUACAGACCCCUGUGGAGCACAGUUGUCGGAGCAUACCAGGUACUAAACACUUCUAGACCCGACCUGACCAAGUCCUAUUUGCUCUGUCUAGAUGUCCGGCCCCCAUAUUACGAAGGUAUUGCCAUUAAAGGCAAUUAUACAACAGCCUCCAACUCUAGCUCCUGCAGAUGGCAGCAGGCUACUGCAAGACUAAUCCUCCAGGCAGUAACAGAGCAGGGCACUUGCAUAAGCCACGUGCCCCCCCGGCAGUCACAUCUCUAAUGAAACCCUAACAGUCCCCAGGGAGACAAUGUAUCUACUUCCCCCCGAAAAUGCACGGUGGGCCUGUUCCAGCAGCCUCGCUCCCUGCGUCCACUCCCAAGUCCUUAACUCCUCGAAAGAAGGCUUCUGCAUACUCCUGUAGUUAAUCCCCAAGCUAGUGUACCAUUCGGGGGAAGAAAUACUUAACAGGUUAGGCUCUACUAACCCCCGAAGUAAGAGAGAGCUUAUUACAACCCUAACUCUGGCUGCGCUCUUGGAACUGGGAUUAGCGGGGGCAGGGACCGGAAUAUCCUCACUCGUCAUCCAGGACAAAAACUACGGAACCCUAAGGGCAGCCAUUGACUUAGACAUAGAAAGAAUUGAGAAAUCAAUUUCUCAUUUACAGGAAUCCCUUACUUCCUUAUCAGAAGUAGUACUCCAAAACAGAAGGGGAUUAGACUUAUUAUUCAUGCAGCAAGGAGGACUAUGUGCAGCCCUAGGGGAAGAAUAUUGCUUCUAUGUUGAUCACUUGGGGGUCGUAAAAGAAUCUAUGGCCCUCAUAAGGGAAGGGCUGCAAAAAUAAAAGUUUAGAGAGAGAACAAUCUCAGUCCUGGUACGAGUCUUUGUUCAACUGGUCUCCCUGAUUAGCUACCCUCAUCUCGGCCCUUGCCGGACCCCUCACCAUCCUGCUCCUACUAUUAACCCUCGGACCCUAUAUCAUCAACAGACUGGUCCAGUUUGUCAGGGACUGCAUAGGGGCCGUCCAACUAAUGGUCCUCCGUGCUCAGUGCAAGCCCCUAAUAACAGAAGAGGACAAAAUAGAAAUGCAGCCAGUCCCAUGAUUGGGUCCAUAAGCUACAUGACAAGGGGGGAAUGAAAGAGCGGACCUAGGCCGGCCGACUCCAUUUUGUUCUGUGUCCUCCAUCUUGAGUGACUACGUCCCUGACAUGGCCCCCUUUCCCAGAAAACCACAGAAAGAAAUUCCCAUUCAAACCUCAGACCACAUCUCCUCCCUUUGAGUAACUUCCCGCUCACCCGUUCAAACUUCCUGUUCAAACCACACCUGGCAACCUGCGCAACAGGACUCUGACCCUUCCCCAGCCAAUUGGCUAAGGCCACAACCAUUACCCCACCAACUGCCCCUAGAUCCCUAUAACACCUUUGUGCUUUUGAACCUCACUCUCCCUGGCAUCUCACCGCUGCAUUGGUGCAGGUAGGGGAUUGAGCUCCAGCUAGCUCGAAUAAAGGCUCUUUGCUUUU